CUUCCAACACAAAGAUGCCGUUUGAGAAAGUGAGCAGUAAGGAUAAGAAGGAGAAGAAGGUUAAGGGAGAGAAGAAGGAUAAAAAGGAGAAGAAGGAGAAGAAGGAGAAGAAGGAGAAGAAGGUCAAGGUUGAGGAGGGGGCACGCGCCGUCGAGGAGACUCUCGUCGAGGAUGGUGAGAUGACUGAGGAUCAGCCCGCUCAGAUUGAGGGUGUCGAAUCCUCUACUCCGGCUACCGAGGCGUCUCCUGAACCCGAAAGCAAUGAAAAGUCAGAGAAGAGGAAGAAGCGCAAAGCUACGGAGACCGAAGAGGAAGAGCUCGAAAUCAACCUCGACCUCGCCAAACCCCCCUCCAAAAAGCAGCUCCGUCAACUCAAAAAAGCCGGUAAAAUCUCCGAAGAGAUCACCGACCCCCUCGAAGCCGCCGCUGUCAUCGCCCCCAAGAAAUCCAAGGCUGAAGCGCAAGCUCCCAAACGCUCGGAAUACUCCGUCUGGGUCGGGAAUUUGUCGUUCCAGACUACGAAAGCAUUGUUGAAGGAUUUCUUUAUUACGAGGACACGCGGAAAGGAAACCCCGCUUUUGGAGGAGGAUAUGACACGCAUCAACGUUCCGAUGAAGAGCAAGACGGAGAACAAGGGAUUCGCGUACGUCGAUUUCGAGACCAAGGAACAAAUGGAACUCGCUGUCUCCCUCUCCGAAGAACCCCUGAACGGCCGUCGAGUCCUCAUCAAACCCGGCUCCUCAUUCGAAGGUCGACCCGAGAAACCCGCUUCCAUCCCCGGUGUGGACUCAUCCAAGCCCCCCACCAGAAUUUUGUUUGUGGGUAACCUCCCCUUCGAAACAAAAGAAGAGGACUUGAGAGACCAGUUUGGCAAAGCGGGCACAAUCCGAAAAAUCCGGAUGAUGACAUUCGAAGACUCUGGAAAAUGCAAAGGUUUCGCAUUUGUUGAUUUUGAGACAGAGGAGGAUGCGACGAAUGCGAUCAAGCAGCGGAAUUUGCAUUAUUUGGAGGGGAGGAAGCUCAAGUUGGAGUUUGGGGAGGAUCGCUCUAAACGUACGAGGGUUAUUCCGAAUCGGGGAGAGAGGGCGAAGGAGGAGGCUGAGAGGGCUGCGGGGGGUGGCCGCAUGGUUCAGUCCGAGCCGGAAGUACCACUCACGGAAGAAGAGGCACACAGACAGAAAUCGAGGGAGGGACGCGAGAAGAAGGCCGGUGGAAGUGCAGGAGGAGGAUAUAAGGGAUGGAAGGAGAGGGAUGCGAGGACGAUUGCGCCUGGUGCGGCUUUGGCUGCGGCGCCGAGGGCGAAGGUUGGGAUUGUGGAGAGUAAGGGUACGAAGGUUACUUUUGAUUAGGCCCGGUUUGGCAUUAGGCAGCGACAUUGAAUACAUUGCAUUUCUAUUUCCUGGACUUGGCCUUUCCUCUGCUCGAGCUUCCCAUCACCACAUCCAUUCUGUAUCAAAGUUCCUUCUCCUCUCUCUCCUCCCUCCCAAUCUUCUCCCCCUCCAUAUCCCUACAAAUCUCCCCCUGCUUCUCCAACACCGCACUCAAACACCCUUGUCCCCCAAACCCAUCAAACCC